AUGAGAACAUAGUAAUUAGCAGGGUCUGCUAUAUCUCUUUGAGAGGAUGUUCUGUGAAAAGAGGUUCAUAUUAUAGUUAAGCUGCGAGACCAGUUUGUCUGCAUAAGACAUCGGGUUGGAGCCUCGAACUGAGGCCAGUAUGGAGCUCGCUGCGCUGAGUAUUGUGAUCAUGUUGGCGUGUGUUCAGGCCGAACCAUGCCAGCCCGGUCAAGAAAGAUUUGGCAAUUCCUGCUACCAACUGCUCACUGAAACAUUUACAUGGGAAGAGGCAUCCCAAGCCUGCGCCAAUAUUGACGCUGGUCUGGUGAUUCCUGACUCCCUCCAAGAGCAUCAGUUCAUCUGGGAGAUGUUCACGAGGAAGGUCACUGAAUCAGGGAAUCUCUGGAUCGGCUGUAGUGAUGUCAAGGAGGAGGGCAGGUGGGUUCAGGCUGGUGACGGAGAUCACGAGUGCACCUACUUCAACUGGGCAGAGGGGGAGCCGCAUCCCGACUACAAGGAUCGGGAAGAUUGUGCAGGAAUGUGGGGCUAUUUUGGUCACGGUGGACUGUGGAAUGACAUGCCAUGCACGAAUAGCUAUAACGCGAUGUGCGAGAGCCCUGCUGUCCCGUCCAUGUCCUGUCGGCUGACGUAUGAUGCCCGUGGCUUCUUCACGGCCCACUGCCUGACCGAUCGCAUCCUCAAGGAUAGCUCAACCAGCAGCGUGGCCUGGGCUUUGGUGUGCCGGGAUGGGCCUCGAUGCCGCUCCUUCAGUCUGCGCCCGGCAAGCCGGGGAGCACUCAUGUCAUGUCAGCUGGACCCCGCUAUCGAAAUGAACACUGAAGAUGCCAAGUCAUGUCAGUACUACUACUUCUGAGGGAUGUUAUUUCUACUAAACUGCACAUUGUAACGUUUGUUAUCGUUUGUGUUAAGACGGAUAUCGUGAGUUUUAUAUUGAAUGGCUUAAUUUGCGACGAAAUUUCGGAGUUUCUACGUUCCGUAUUGUUCGACAUCUCCAUUUUUGCUUUUAAUGUAGAUCAUCUAUCGUUACUCUCUGAAAAUCUGUUGCCGUAUUGCUUGUGCUUUUAAUGAAUUUUGAUUCACCUAUUAUUAAUAACCAUUUAUACUCCUUGCGAAGGAUCGUCGUGCGGGUGAAUGUAUGUGUGUAUCCGUAAUAGUCCGUCUGAGGACUUGGAACAAUAAAGCACCUGCGAUUACAAUGAACCCAAGGACCUAUGCGCAAGCCUUUACACAGUGAAACUUAAUGUUUAACUGUUGGACAUGUUAUAGACGCUUUUAUUUGCAAUAGUUUACAAAGUUU